CCCCCCCGGUCAUUCUGCGCGUUGUGUGGAUCGCUGCAGCUGUGAUGAAGAGGAGGAUGAAACAGUCCUGCAGCGGAUCGCCUCACAGACCGGACUGUUGAAGGCUCCCCCCGCCGGUUCUCUUCGGAUCUUUAGGAACCGGCCAAAGGUAAAAGAUCGAGCGGGCGGGACAGCGCUGCCUUUCUGGGACAAAUAUGUCUCUGACGGUGAGGAGAUGUGAUGACGGAGGGAGGAGGCGGAUCAAACAAAACUGCAAUCCACGAAUCUCCUCCGAAGACUAGAGGACAUCCGGGCUGCUAGUGUAAUCCCACACACACACGAUGGGGGGGUCCCUCUGGAUUUCCCAUGGUGCCACUGAAGCGUCAUUCGGAGGAAGGAGCUUCAUCGCAGUUCUACGUCUGGCGUUGCUGUUGCCGACACUAAGGGUCAGCGGCCAGUUCAUGGGGAAGCCUCUGGACUGCCAGAAGACCUGUGUUUGCGCCAGCAACAUCGUCAGCUGCUCCAGGGUUAACCUAACCAACGUUCCAACCACUCUGCCGCAAUACACAGCUGUCUUGGACCUCAGCUUCAACGCUAUCACCAGGCUACGCGCUGAGUGGACCCCCGUCUCACUCGACAGGCUGCACAGCCUUCAUCUCAGCCACAACGGCCUCACCUUCCUCUCCUCUGAGGCCUUUGCGAAUGUGAAAAAGCUCCGAUGCCUGGACCUUUCCUCUAAUUACAUCCGCCAGCUGGACGAGUUCAUCUUCGAGCCGCUCGAGCACCUGGAGGUGCUGCUGCUUUACAGCAACCGCAUCUCUCAGAUAGAUCGUACUGCCUUCUCCGGUCUCGUCAGCCUGCAGAGGCUCUACCUGAGCCACAACCAGAUCUCGCGCUUCCCCUUGGAGCUGGUGAAGGAGCGGAGCCGCCUGGAUAGUCUCCGAUUGCUGGACGUGUCCUCGAACCGGAUCAAAACGCUGCCCCUCAAUGAGCUUCAGGCUCUGCCGGCCUGGAUCAAGAACGGCCUGUACUUCCAUAACAACCCUCUGCCCUGCAGCUGUGAGGUGCAUGAAGUGGUGGCACGCUGGUACAUCAAGGAGCUUAGCUCUGCCGUGGACUUCCGGGGCAGCCACACUUGUGUGUUACCGGGCCACCAGAAAGAGAAAAUUGCUAUACUGGAUCUGGACAAGGUGUAUUUGAACUGCAGUGAGGUCACGGCUAUGGACAAAAAAGCCUUCCUUGAGCAGUUCCUAGUCCUGGACUGUGACACCAGGGAGAGGAACGUGACGAAGAGUUGGGCGCUACCUGGAAACAUCCCAGUACCUCCAGCACACAAGAUAGCUGAUGAUGGCAGUCUCCGGAUUGGGCCCCUAAAGGCUGAGGACUCUGGUGUCUACACUUGCUAUGCCACCAGUGAAUCCCUCAACGAGACUGUGUAUGUAACUGUAGUGGUGUUUAAUUCCACCGAGAUCGGGGGGUUGGAGAACCUAAAAACGGCCUACACCACCCUGAUAGGAUGUCUGGUUAGUUUAGUCCUGGUUCUCUUCUACCUCUAUCUGACGCCCUGCCACUACACCUGCUGUCCGGGUCAGCGUCUGGAGAAAGGCGACCCCAGAGACAGCCUCCACUCUUCGACUGUUAGCAUCACUCACGCACACUUGCAGACAGGGCAAGAGAGACCGGAAGGCGGCGGCUUCGACAACAAACACGGUGCCUUUCUGCAACCUAAGGACCGGCUGGAGCAGAACGGGAGGUUGAACCCAAUAGGCGAGGAAGACGAGGAGUGGCGCGGGGACAGCAGGGGGAGAAGGCGGUCUGACGCAGGGUCUGUCAGCUCGGUGUCCUCCGAUACACCGAUGGUGGUCUAAAAGUCCAAGUCUUCGCUGAUGAGGAUGCUAAACGCUGAGCUUUGAAUGUGUGCCAGACUCAAAGGUCAUAGCUUUAUUUGUCUCUUGUAGCCGAUGACAUGUACUGUUGAUGAUGAAGUGCAAAGUCUUGAUAGAAAUCUAGAAACACCAGAACAUUUUCUGGUUUUCAAUGCAGAUAAAUAUGGUUAGAAUAAGUUUUGACCUAAAACAUUUUAUCUCAGUUUUUGCACUGGGUUGCAAUGCUCUAAAUAUUUCCAAUAUUAUUCAUUUUACAGCAAACUAUUGGCUUGACUUGCAAGUAAUUGCUAUGCACAUGAGAAUAUAACGAGUUUAGUGAUUUUUUGAUAGAAGUCCCUGAAAGAAAUUAAACACGUAGUCUCACAUAGUAAUAAUAAUUAGCAAUAAAUACUCGCUGAAAAUGUACUGCAUGACAGCUUUAACAGCUUUAACCUAAACUGAGGCUGCGCUUUGAAUACUAAUUAUCCAGCUGUGUGAUGCAGUGGGGAUCUAGACACUACAAAGAUGUGAAGUUUUAGUGAUGUUGGAUUGCAUCUUUCAUUUUUAUCACCAAAUUAUCGCUGCAAUAUGUCUAAAAUGUAUGCUUCACUCCUGUUUUGUUUUUUGUGCCUUUACGGGAGAUGACACUGUAAGGAUUAUUCUUAUGCAAUUUUAGUAAUUAAUAAUAUUUCUCAUUUUAGUGUGAUUCAAUUAAUGAUAUGUGUGUUUGCAGUAACAAAGCUUCUGUUGAGAUGCUUUUUUUUAACUUAGAAGCUUAUUUUGAUUAGUUAUUAACCCAGCCUUUUGUGAUACAGCCUCUUUCACAAAGUAAAACACAGUUUGAAGAGCCGUCCACUGUCAGUUCUUCAGAGUUCAAAGCUCAGUCAUGUUCAAAUAUGGUGUAACGCCAAUUGUAGUUUUAGAACGGACACACAAGAAGAAACAUAAAUAACAGUACUGUCCCAGAGCCGAUGUAAAUAAACACCUUGUCACACUGGACUGAUAAUAGCAGCCGGCGAGCAUCACCCAGGGGAAACAAUUGAGAGCGAGUAUCAUCCCCUGAAUGCUUUAGUGCCCGACCCUCAACAGAUCAGCAAAUGCCAGCCGGCCACCAAACUCAUAAACACGGUCACAAAUAGCAGCAGGAAGAGCAGCCGGCACGCAGGCCUCCUGACGCAGAUGAACUGUAAAUGAAAUGUAGCAGUUUCCGAAUGUCUUUCAGUUAUCUUCCAUUGCUGCUGAAGUACCUUCAACUUGUUGAACUUAACUCUGGCUCUGUUGCCGAUGAAUUGUUGUAUAAGAAACACUGCUAAUGGUGAUGAAAUGUAAAAUGUAAUUAUUCAUUCUGACAGAAUAGCAACAAAACACAGCAAUCGCAGAGGAUAGAUGUAGCAAUGUACUCAAUAUGUACUUUCAUCCUGUCACUUUUAUGGUGCUUUUGAAAGACACUUUAGGUGAAUUCAAUGUAUUGUUUAACACUGCGGUGGUCUAAUAGUAUAAUAAUUUAGCUAUCGUUGACUUAUGUUCCUCAAAAGGGGAGCAUUGCUGCUGUAUGCUGAUGUUGUACAUAUUUUCGUUGUCCACUGAAAGUUGCUUAUAACCAAAGACUGUGUCAUAGGUUUAGAAUGAAUAACCUCCUGGUUCAGUUUUAUUAGUGUUAUAGUAUAAGGACUUAUUGUAUUUCAUGAUUUGCUGUAUUGUAUCUUGUAUUUCAUUGUUCUGUUUCUGUAUUUCAUAAACUUCAAAAAUAUGUCAACAACGAGAGCAAAUUAUGUUU